UAUGAGUGUUGAUUUCUUCUCUUAUUGUGCGAACUCAGAGUAUAUAUCGGAUAUUUCGUAUAUUUUUAAGUUACAAAGAUUGACUUGUCCCUUGUUAUCGUUUUAGUCGAUAUGUAACGCUCGUUAAAUCAAUACUUCCUGCGGACGGCGUUUUGUAAAUAAGUAUUUUGUUUUUUUCCGUUUUUUAUGUAAUAUCAACUUUGCUCCAGCUGUUUGAGUUUGACUGCAAGUCUUUGGUUGUUUUGAAAAUUUAUUUUUUAAUGCAAAUACGUGAAAGGAAAGGAAGGAAUUCGUUAAUAUUUUAUUGCAGUUUAUCUUAUUUACUUAUAUUCGAAUUUAAUAAUUUAUGUAGAGUGCACAAUGUCAAAUUAUCCGUAUGAAUACAUAAGAUGUCCAGAUAUGGAGCAAAUAACAGAAUCACCUCAAACACAGCCGCAGUCCUUGCAUGGCUUCGUCCCUCUCCUGGGUCUUACCGAAGCGGUCGGGGCGCUUCUUGUAAUUCUAAUGAUUGUGUGGACAACUUAUUUCGAAGACGGCUUCUCCUGGAGGUCUCAUCCAAAGCUUGAAUUUAAUUGGCAUCCUUUGUUAAUGACUAUAGGUUUUGUCUUUCUGUACGCCAAUGCAAUGCUCAUCUAUAGAACACAACGGAAUCUUCGCAAGAGACGACUAAAGCUGCUUCACGCGGGAAACAUGUUUCUCAUCGUAGUGUUCGUGGUGAUCGCUCUGGUGGCUGUUUUCGACAGCCAUAAUCUGGCUUCUUCUCCUACACCGAAUAUGUAUUCGCUGCACAGCUGGGUAGGACUAACGACCGUAAUAUUAUUCUGCUGUCAGUGGGUUGCCGGAUGUGUCGCCUUCCUCUUUCCCGGAUUACAGCCCUUGCUACGAGCUUCUUACAUGCCAAUUCACGUGUAUUUUGGCAUUGCAGGCUUUAUCGGUGCAAUCGCAUCGUGUUUAUUGGGACUCAAUGAAAAGGCAAUUUUCAGUUUGAAAGAUGAAUACUCAAAGUUCGAUAAGGAAGGAGUGCUGAUAAAUGUUAUAGGGAUGCUAUUCGUAUUAUUCGGAGGUUUAUCGGUAUAUUUGAUAACGCAAGCACGUUACAGACGUUUAUCAAUGCCCGAAGAUGAGAUUUUAUUAUCCGGAACUGGGUAAUGCGUUUGAGAUUACAGUUUGGAUUGCACAUUGAAGAUCAAAACUUCACGCUUACCGAAUAUGACCUUGACUAUCGCUUCUCAGUAUAAAUGUCUCCUGAAACCUUAAAGUCUCAUAUCCAAUGAAAAGUAUUUACGAGUUUUGAGUAUUGCACAUUUCAGGAAUACUUUUACAAAUAAGGCUGACUAAUGGCACAGUCGAGUGAUAUCACUACAAGAUGAACAGGGAAAUAAUAAUUUUAUUGAAUAAUUCCAGGAGCGUGUGUAUGUGUGUGUAUGUGUGUGUAAACACUCUCCUAAAUACUCUUAAAACAUUCCUAUGUAUUACAUAGUCUGAAUAUUUUCUUCGGCAGAUAAAAUGUAUAAUUUAUGUUUACAUCAAGAAGUUAUAUUUUUCCAAGUUUUUG